AUGCCCGAGCGGGUGCAUAAACACCUCGAUGGAGGAUCUGUGCCCUUGGAGACCGCGGUUGGGAAAAGUGCCCCAUUAUUGACCGAGGAUAAAUCGUCGAAGAGUAAGAAACGGAAACGAGAGCAUGUGGAUCGGACUCACCUCGGAGAACGUGCCAUAUCGCUAGAACCUGCUCGCAGGAGCCUGCCUACACAUAGAAACACUAGAUUAAUAAGUCAUGUCGAGGGCAACCACGACCAGCGCCCGCAAUCGAACGGUUCUGAUCGCUUGCAGCUCGCCACUUUGGCAAAACCCAAAUCAAAAGGCCUAUCAGAGGACUUCGUUCGACCAUCAAAUGGCAGCCACAAUCUGAGAGACAGAGCCAAAAGGCUGGAAUCUUCCCGCAAAAGCCUUCCGGUCUGGUCCCAUGUUAGGGAAAUUCGCGAGGCUCUUCUCGGCCAGGAUGUCAUCAUCUUGGUUGGUGAGACUGGUAGUGGGAAAAGUACGCAAGUGCCUCAGAUGCUUGUGAAUGAGCCAUGGUGUAAAUCCCAGUCGGUCACCAUUCCAAUGGACCGCUCCCCUCAGACUGUUACAAUCGGCGGCUGUAUUGCCAUCACAGAGCCGAGAAGGGUGGCGGCUACUACCUUAGCUAGACGAGUAGCAGAGGAAAUGGGCACUCCGCUUGGUUCAUCUAGUCCGAAAAGCACAGUUGGUUACAGUGUGAGGUUUGAUCAGUCUACCAGUCCGAAUACGAGGAUCAAGUUCGUUACGGAGGGGACACUAUUGCAAGAGAUGUUGAGAGAUCCAUGGUUGAAAGCUUACAGUGCUGUGUUCGUGGAUGAGGUCCAUGAGAGGGGGGUCAAUGUCGAUUUACUGUUGGGUUUUCUGAGGGACAUGGUCGCAGGGAAAAAUAAGGGAAGAGGGGGGAUACCGUUGAAGGUUAUCAUCAUGAGCGCAACCGCCGAGACGGAGACUUUGAGGGCAUUCUUUGAGGAGGGAUAUGGGCGAGAGGCAGGGAAUGGAGUCCAUGGAGAUAGAAAGGAUCAUGGGAAUGGUACCGAUGGGCUUGAACAUCAAGACGAGUCAGGGUCUGAAUGGUCCGGCAUCUCCUCCUCUGAUGAAGAAGGUGACACUGCAAUCCACAGCAAUGGAACCGUGAAAGGUUCCCAUCACGAGGUCAAGAAGCCGCAAUUGAAGACUUCAGACCGUGUAGCAACUUGCUAUAUCAAAGGUCGCCAGUACCCUGUCGAUCUUAAGUAUACAGCAGAGCCAGUCCAGGACAUCGUCGAGGCGUCUCUUCGAAUGAUCUUCCAGAUCCACCGUCAAGAACCCAUGCCAGGGGAUGUGCUUGUGUUCUUCCAUGGACGGAACGUUAUCGAGUCCCUCGAGAGCCUCGUGAAAGAGUAUGCCCACGACAUGGGGCCCGAGCUACCGAAGCUUCUAGUCCUACCACUCUUCGCCGCCCUAUCGCAAGCUGCACAGGAGCGAGUAUUUCAGCCUGCUCCUCCAAAUACGCGGAAAAUAAUCAUCGCAACGAACAUCGCUGAAACCUCAGUGACAGUCCCAGGGGUCCGAUUUGUCAUAGACAGUGGAAAAGCAAAGAUCAAGCAAUUUCGGACGAGCAUUGGGAUGGAAUCGUUGCUCGUGAAACCGAUCUCGCAAAGUUCGGCCAUUCAGCGCCAGGGGCGUGCUGGUCGCGAAGCGUUAGGACAGUGCUAUAGGCUGUAUACAGAAUCGGACUAUUCUACCAUGCAACAAUCCAACACGCCGGAGGUUUUAAGAUGCGAUCUAAGCCAUGCAAUUUUGACUAUGAAAGCAAGAGGCAUCAAGGAUGUUGUUAAUUUCUCGUUCCUUGAUCCUCCGCCGCGAACUGCGUUGGAAAAGGCUUUGCUGCAGCUUUAUCUGCUCGGAGCGCUGACUGACUCUGGAGGAAUAAGCGACAUUGGUCUGCAGAUUGCUAAGCUUCCGGUCACUGUGUCUCUCGGAAGAGCUCUCAUUGCAGCGGCUGAACCAUCGCUAAAUUGCGUACCCGAGGUUAUUGACAUUAUCUCGUGCUUGAGUGUGGAGGAUUUGUUCCUCAACCUGGCGUCCGAGGAAAAGAAAAAGGAAGCUGAAGUGGCUCGACGCGAACUCUACAAAAGAGAAGGAGAUCACUUGACCUUAUUAACAGCAGUCCAAGCAUACGCAGCAGAGAAUACGGAUAGGAAAGCCUGGGCGGAGAAACAUUUUGCAUCGCAUAGAGCCAUGAAAGCGGCCAUGGAUGUUCGAAAGCAGCUGCGGGCUCAGUGCCAGCAAUUGAAAUUGCUAAAGCUAAUACAAAACCAAGCAACCUCAGCAAUCACGCCCGAGCUUGCAAAUUCCAUAUUGAAAUGCUUCCUGAAAGGUUUUGCAACCAAAACGGCCCGACUGUGUCCAGACGGCAGCUACAAGACCAUGGUCGGAAAUCAAGUGGUGGCCAUACACCCUUCCAGCAGCUUGUUUGGCAAGAAAGUAGAAGCGAUCAUGUUCAAUGAGUUCGUCUUCACAAAUCGCAGCUACGCAAAAGGCGUGAGUGCGGUACAGAUGGACUGGAUUGCGGAGGCAUUUGAGGUAUGA